AUGGCCGAUCCUGUCCCAGAAAUUAAAACUCCUUACAAGUCCGAGAUCUCAGUGGCGAUCGUCUACUACUCUCAAUGGAACCACACCAAGAAAAUCGCCGAGCAUGUUCUCAAGGGCGCCAGUAAAGUUGAAGGGGUCACCGUGGAUUUGUACAAUGCCAAAGACGCCAUCGCCAACAUCGAUAAAAUCCAACAGUAUGAUGCCUUCAUCUUUGGAUCCCCUACCUACUUUGGGUCAGUGUCUGCUGGGAUGAAAGAAUUCUUUGAAGCUACUACCGAAUUCUUCGCGACCAGAAGCCUCCAAGACAAAAUCGCUGCUGGGUUCACCAACUCUGCUUCACAAUCUGGUGACAAGCAAGGUACUUUGACCCAGAUCUUCACCUACUGUUGUCAACAAGGAAUGGUGUACGUUCCCCUCGGGCUCCCAGCCACCAACAACAAGACGGUGCACAACAUGGACGCUUUGAACAGAACCAGUUUCUUCUCAGGGUUGGCGACCCAAUCUUUCGUCGACGGGACCCCCGAAACCGCUACUGAGAAGUCUGAUUUGAGAACUGCCGAGUUUUUUGGGGAAAAGGUCACCAGGGUGUUUGUCAAGUAUUAUCAUUGA